CCCCACAUUUCCGCAAAGUUUUGCAGUUGAAGGCAGGAACCCUCCUUCAACCAUUUAACUCAUUUUACUUCCAUUCCUUCGUAAUUUUAGUUAAAGUUAUUUAAAAUGAGCGAAAUCAAACCGACCGAAGUUUCCACGGAAGUGGAGGAGGAGAAGGAUUGGGCCGCUGCCAAGGCGUUCUUUGACAACCUCCAAACGAAAAAGCCCAGACCUCCCAAACCACGUAACGCAGUCACCAUCGCCGUUUCUUCCCGGACGCUUUUCAACUUGGUGGAGGAGCGGAAGAUAUUCAAUGAGCAGGGCGUGGAGAAGUACGUCGCAUACCAGAUGGAGCACGAAAAUGAGCCACUCAAACCUGGGCCCGCUUUCCCUUUCGUAAAGGCCCUGAUGAACGUGAAUGACCGCCUCAGACAGCUGUACCCAGGGGAGGAGGAGCUGUUUGACAUCGUGCUCAUGACCAACAACCACGCCCAGGUCGGAGUGCGCCUCAUCAACUCCAUCAACCACUACGACUUGACCAUCGAGCGGUUCUGCAUGACGGGGGGUAUGAGCCCCAUAGGUUACCUGAAAGCCUACAUGACCAACCUGUACCUGUCCAAAGACCCAGAGAAGGUCACAGAGGCCAUAGAAGAAGGUAUAGCAGCUGCCACCAUGUUCAUGCCGGAGAAGAUGCAGUCCCAGCUGAGUGACACCCAGCUGAGGGUGGCCUUCGACGGGGACGCGGUGCUGUUCUCUGAUGAGUCUGAGAUCAUCUUCAAACAGCAGGGCCUGGACCAGUUCUUUGAGCACGAGAAGACGUACGAGAACCUGCCUCUGGCUCAGGGUCCUCUCAAGUGCUUCCUGGAAGCGUUGGGAAAGCUCCAGCGCAAAUUCUACGCCAAGAAUGAGCGAUUACAGUGCCCCAUCCGCACCUUCCUCGUGACGGCCCGCAGUGCAGCCAGCUCGGGGGCCCGCGUCCUCAAGACCCUGCGUUCCUGGGGCCUGGAGAUCGAUGAGGCUCUGUUCCUGGCAGGAGCACCCAAGGGACCCCUCCUGCAGAAGAUCAAGCCGCACAUCUUCUUCGAUGACCAGAUGUUCCACAUAGAGGGCGCUCAAGAGCUGGGCACCAUCUCAGCUCACGUUCCCUACGGGAUUGGUCAGAAGUAUCACCGGGGGAAGCUGAUCGAGCAGCCAAAGAAAAAGGAGUAAGGUUAGAAAUAUGGGAGCGUGCAAUAUGUAAAAAAGAGCGGGGUCUGCAGUGAGGAAAUGGAGGGUGAUCAUUUUAAGUAAAAAAGUAAACAAUUUAUAAAGGCCAUUCAGGAGUUUAUAAAAAAUAAAAUGCAAAAUAAAUUAUAUUUCCCGAAUGGAGGUAACUGGAUGCAAAAGUGCCCAUACCGGCUUGUCAAAGCAUGAUCUCAUCACAUCUCAGAGCAGGGCUGGGCCUGAUUAGUGCUUAGACACAAUUUCAGGUGCUAUAAUGGGGCGCCUGUGGCAAAAACUGUACUUUUUACUGCACUUCAUCCGUGUGUGUGUGUCUGUGUCUGUGUGAGUUGGUCAGAGGGGCUGACGGUGCCAAUUGGCAGCCUCGCUUCCAUGAGUCUGCCUCAGGGCAGCUGUGGCUACAAUAGUAGCUUACCAUUGAGUAAGGAGUGAAUGAAUAAUGCACUGUAAAGCGCUUUGGGUAUCUUGAAAGGCACUAUAUAAAACCAAUGGUUAAUUCAUUAAUCAUUCAAUGAAGAUCAGAGGAAUUGUAUUAUUCUUUAAUAUGAGACUAUUAGACAAACGUAUCAUCAUUGCCCCAAGUUUAACUUUAUGUGAAACUCAAAUACAAUUUUUAGGCUUCCAAACCUGCUUUAACAGCAGAAAAAAUGGGAUUUCACUUUUGCCUCCAGUUGCCAUUUCAACAUUUUGAACACUGAUGACAGUGUUUUAAGGAAACAGAACUGUAUUUCCAGUGUGAGAUAUUGUGCGGGAUUUCAGUAACUGCAUUGGUGCAAAUUAAGUUGCAACUAAAGCGUUUGUAUUAGUUUUACUUAAAGCUGGGGUUCAUGUCUGAUUUCAUAUAGAACAUGUCAGAGUAGAAGUUUGUCACAACAUCAAGCCUCCUUUGCUCUGUUUGCGUUUUAUUAUUAAGCGAUCACAUUCCACACAGGGUCUGAUUCUUCUGUGUUCUUUGAGCUGAGUGUGCGUUGGAGGUCCACUGUGUCUCACUUUCCUGCCUGAAAAAGCUGUUCUAAAGUUUUACACUGCCAGAUAGUCAGACCAGACACCCCAGGUCUAAGUAACUUCUACAAGAUUUUACCUCACUACUUAUCAAAACUAAUAUCUGUAAUUUCUGUUAUAAAUUUUAAGAACAAGAUUUUGUGUAUAAUCUAAUGCCAUGUUCAAACUGCAGAAAUACAGUGUGAACACUGCACAUUCAUGAGAUGCAAUAGUCGACACAGAUGAAACUGUAAGUCAUAGAUGGAUAGAAAGUACUUUUGAAACUACAUGUGUAGUUUAGUAGUAGUGUUUUAUUUCACUCCAAAGGUGUGCUGUAUGUGCCUUUAGUAUAUUUAAAUAUAUGACUAGUGUUACUAAAUUUAGGAGUAUACAGUAUAAAUAUACAACCAUAAUCUCAGGAUUUCAGCUUCAUAGUGACUUCAUGUAACUCUGUGUAUUCAGUACAUUCAUAUUAGACAACAAACUGUAACACUAUACACUCUUCAUUUUUAUUUUUAUUUUUAGACAUUUGUAACAUUAUUGUGGUGAAAUAUUGAAUGUUUUUAUGGCAACAUUUUAGAUAAAGCUUUUGUUACUGUACACAUUUAUUUUUUACUUUAAAGCUUUUUUGCAUAUUACAUUUUAUCUUCAUAUGGGACUUUUGACUCACUGUAAUGACCAAAUGAGGGACAACAUAUGAAUGUAUAACGCAGUUAAAUGAAUGGUAUUACCCCUAAAUAUUGUUAUUUGGAUUACACUGGACCAAUUUACAGCAGGUCAAAAUGAAAGUCUUUCACACAUAUUCAGUCAGAGUCAAAAUGAGAUUAGAUUCAAAAGGGAAGGUUUUUCAUAUUUCAGUUGAUUUCCAUGCUGUCUCUACCAGAACGUUGACCAAUUUGAUAUAAUUAAUAAAUAAUAGAGAUAGCCUGUUUUCCAUGUGCAUGCUGUUGGUGAGUGUGUUUGGGUGUUAGAGUUGGAUCACUGCUGUUUUGCUGUUUGACGCACACUUUUUUCUUAUGAGGUUUUCGAGUUUACAUUUGACACCAGCAAACUGCCUGUAUUGUAUUCAUGUACUCUGCCUGCAGACUCAAUGUUUCCUAAUAAAAUGUGUGCAAUUUCAUAUUAAAAAGCUGUUUUCAU